CGUGCACGAUUGUUGACAUCACGAUUAUAUGUUCAAAGGCCGUUCGUCAUGUUAGUUUGGAGACCGAAAGCGAAGUAGAAAGAAGUUAUUUUUAAGUCUCGAUGACAUCUUCCACAACGAGGAAGCGAUCAACGCCCAAAAGGGCCGAAAACACCACAGAGGCGAAGGCAUCAACGAAAUCUCAAGCAAAAGAAUCGGAUUAUGGAAAACGGGUUCACGAGAAGGAAGAAUCUCUUUUAACAUCGACCAGUGGGUUUGACAACUACAGAGGACUAAUAAACUUAUGUCUUAUUCUCUUGGUGCUCUCCAAUUUCAGGGUAGCACUUGAUAAUUUACUGAAGUAUGGCUUGCUGAUAGAUCCUCUUCAAGUAAUAACUAUCUUCUUGGAGGAUCCAUACCACUGGCCAUCAGCAUCACUUGUGAUCUUUUCAAAUGUGCUUAUUCAGUUGACGUUUGUCAUUGAGAAGCUUUUGGCUGCAGGCAAAAUUUCUGAGAGGAUUGGGCGGAUAUCCCAUAUGUUUUUGCUGCUGUUAAUGUUAUUUGUGCCAUGUACAGUGAUUUUGGUUUAUCUUCCACCACCAUGGGCAGCUAACAUUGCUGUCUUUUGGUAUACCAUUGUCUGGUUGAAACUUAUCAGCUAUGUCAGUGUUAACCUCUGGUACAGGUUGGGAUUGAUGAAACAUGAAGAGAAAGGUCAUGUUGCAAAUGGGAAACCUGAAACUCUUCCUUUGGUGAAGUAUCCUGAAAAUCUCACUCAGAAAGAUUUAUAUUACUUCAUUUUUGCACCAACUUUGUGUUAUGAGCUCAAUUAUCCCAGAAGUGAAAGGAUACGGAAGCGUUUUCUUUUGAGAAGACUGGCUGAAUUUUUUUUCAUUAUUGGCAUUGUAAUUGGAGCAUUUCAGCAGUGGAUUGUACCUACAGUAAAAAACUCUAUGAAACCAAUACAGGAGAUGGAUGUAGGCAGAGGCCUUGAGAGAAUAAUGAAACUUGCAGUUCCCAACCACUUGUUAUGGCUGCUGUUCUUCUACGCCUUCUUCCACAGUGGCCUUAACAUUUUAGCAGAACUAUUAAGGUUUGGUGACAGGACUUUCUAUCGAGACUGGUGGAAUUCUCCAAAUGUGGCAUACUUCUGGCAAAACUGGAAUAUACCUGUUCAUCGCUGGGCGAGGAGACAUCUCUAUAUUCCCAUGUUAAGGUCAGGUUAUUCAUCUCUCCAAGCGCAAGUUGCUGUGUUUUUACUAUCUGCAUUUUUCCACGAGUUUUUAGUCAGUGUGCCCUUACGACUGUUCAGAUUCUGGGCGUUCCUAGCUAUGCUAGCUCAGGUGCCUCUCCAUUUGCUCGUGAAAAAAUUUCUUGGCGAUUAUCCAAACUAUGGUAACAUGGUGGUAUGGCUUUCAAUCAUUCUUGGCCAGCCGUUGGCAAUUCUGACUUAUGUCCAUGAUUAUUAUAUCACUCACCAAUAGUGGCCUUACAAGUCGGUGUCAGACUAUGGUAGAUCAAAGUAGUCAUCUUAGUGCCAGAAGCUGCCGGUGAUGGGAAGUGCCAACUCAACUGAAGAACAUUUUUAUAGAAAGCAAUAUUAUGCUAAGCUCUCAAGUGACCACAAAUAGUAAUUUAAAUAGUGUAUUUAUUUUUAAGUUUUUUAUCAUUGAUCGAUUGUGAAAUAAAAACGUUUUAGCUCCGCAGUGAA